UUCUUUAUCAGUCUUUUAUCUAUUUUGCCCAGACUGUCUCUCUUUCCUCUAGCUUUCUUUCUUUCUGUCCUUUCUCUCUUUUUGCAUCUUGGUAAUAUUAGUUAGCAGAUUGAGUUAGCUUAUUGAGUUGCAUUCCACUCCAGUGAGACAUACCUUGCUCCUGAUGAUUUGGCUAAGGACACACUGUCUUUAUCUAAGUGUGUGUGUCCAGUCUCAUGUUAGUGUGUUCACACACAAGUACACACUCACCAGUAGCUGUUUGUCCCUGAUUGGAUAUUCAAAGUGAACUAUUGUCCCCAUUGGAUGCUGGGGGCAGGGUUCAGACAUAGGCCCAUUCAUGAACAGUCUAUGGAAGAACACACUAACAUACACACACUCACUCACGCAGUCACAUCCACGUGCUCCGGAAUCUUCUGACAUGUCAGAGUGAGGCUGAAUAGCUGAAUGGGUGGUUGGAGCUACGUGUUCACUCUUUCUCCCACCAUGGUCCAGUAAGCUGACCCAAACUCAUAUACUCCCAUACCGUGACACACUGAACAGUGGAGCUCACAAACGCAACUGGACUGGACCAGCGCUCUGAGAAGACCGGAGAGACGAGGAGUAGAGCUUCGUUUUACUGGUUUCUGACAGGUGGAUGAGGACCUCUUAAAAAAGGAGAUACAGACGAAGUGGAUGAGGACAUCUUUUAAAAAGGAGAUACUGAGAUAAGAUACAGAGGAAGCAGACAAAGACCUCUUAAAAAAGGAGACAGAGGAGAAGUGGACAAAGACCUUUUAAAGAAGAGAUACAGAGAGUGUGUCAGAUGGGCAGUGCCAGCAGUAGCAGUCGGCUCUUUGGUACAUUGGCACAGUCUCUCAGCAGCGCUCCUCUUGCACACACACACGUGGACGCAGACGACUUGGAGAGCGAGCAGGCAGAUCCAGACCUUCUCCUGCGUGAGUGUGAGGAUGUUCUGAGAAAUAGGCCACCCCGACUACACAGAGACUUCAUCAGAACCAGAACCAGCUCUCCACAGAACCCAGCCAUCCGUGUCAUGCAGUGGAACAUUCUGGCACAAGCUUUAGGUGAAGGAAAGGAUGGGUUUGUGCGCUGUCCUCUGGAGGCUCUGAACUGGGCUGAAAGAAAGUACCUGAUCCUGGAGGAGAUCCUCACCUAUCGACCAGACAUUGUGUGUCUGCAGGAGGUGGACCACUACUUCGACACGUUCCAGCCUGUCUUAGCCAGCCUGGGCUACCAAAGCAGCUUCUGUCCCAAGCCCUGCUCACCCUGCCUUGACGUCCACAACAACAACGGCCCUGACGGCUGCGCCUUGUUCUUUAGCCGCGAACGUUUCCAGCUCCUCGCCACCAACCACCUCCGUCUCUCCGCUAUGAUGCUCAAGACCAACCAGGUGGCCAUUGUGGCUACUCUCCGUUGCCGGGCAACAGGCCAGGUAUUCUGCGUCGCCGUGACACACCUGAAAGCGCGCAGUGGUUGGGAGAGUCUCCGUAGCGCUCAGGGCUCCUACCUGCUCCAAAACCUAUGUAGUAUCACCUCCCCCCCGAAUCCAGAGCUGGAGGAGGCAAGGGAGGAGUCGGAGGUUGGUGAGGGUCUACCGCUGCUUGUCUGUGGAGACUUUAAUGCUGAGCCAGGCGAGGAGGUGUACCGGCGUUUUGAGGCGUCUCCUUUGGGUCUUGACAGUGCCUACAAGCAUCUUAGUGCAGAUGGGAGAACAGAACCUCCCUAUACCAGUUGGAAGAUUCGUCCCAGUGGGGAAAGCUGUGUAACGUUAGACUACAUCUGGUACUCCACCAGGCGUUUCAAUGUGGAUGCAGUGCUCCAGCUACCAAACGAGGAGCAAAUCGGCCCCGAUCGCCUGCCGUCUUAUCACUAUCCCUCUGACCACCUCUCUCUUGUCUGUGACCUCAGCUUCAGUCAUCAACCUCAUAGGCUCCAGUAGCUAGCUGCUGAUCAACAACAGCGCCCACUUUGAUUGGAGGUCAAAGCACUUCAGGACAUUCCCACCACAGCUGAGAGUGUAUGGUCUGUGUAAGCGCAUGUAUGUCUACAUGAGGACACUGUUUGGAGUGAACAAGUCUUCACCAGUGUUCCUGGUGAAUCUCAUCAUCGCUGCUAUUAGUUGUCGACACACAGACUCAGCUAAUGGAUACACUAACAACAAAGACUCCUCUGUGGUCUUUUUUUUAAUUGAAAGGACAUUGAUUUAUCAGCUUUGGUCUGUAACUAGAUAGGAUGUUUUAUUCUCCUCUAUUCUAAUUUAUUACUUUAAUAUUUUAUUGCUUUGCUAUACCAAAAUGAAAUCACAACCUCAAUAAGUCUUUUGCUCAUCAUGGAAGAACGGUUACCCGAGUUACAUAUAUUGUGUCCUAUUUAUAUCCAUAUUCAUAUUGACUGUACCAUCCUAUUUUCAUCUUCAAAGGUGCAUGCCAAUGACUGCAAAAUAUAAAAAUGUAUCAAAA